AUGUUUUCCAAAGUAAUAGUACUGUGCGCGUUUGUGGCGGUUUCCCAAGCUGGUCUCCUGGCGGAACCAGUCCACUACUCAUCUGCUGGGGCAGUUUCGUCCCAGAGCAUCGUACGCCAUGACGAAAGCCACGGUGCUCAUUAUGCCGCUGCGGCUCCUGUAGCUUACCACGCUACCCCUGUGGCUUACCACGCUGCCCCUGUGGCUUACCAUGCUGCUCCAGUCCACUAUUCGUCUGCCGAGUCCGUCUCUUCCCAGAACAUCAUCCGUCAUGAUCAGCCCCAGACUAUCAAUUACGCUGCUCCCGUAGCCAAGUUAGCCGUCGCUACACCCGUCACCUACCACGCUGCCCCUGCCCCUGUUACCUACCACGCCGCCCCUGCUGCCGUGUCCUACCACUCUGCCCCAGUAGCCAAAAUCGUAGCUCAUCAAGCUGAGGAGAUUGCCUACCCCAAAUACGAGUACAACUACUCAGUAGCUGACGGUCACUCCGGCGACAACAAGUCCCAACAAGAAGUCCGCGACGGUGACGCAGUGAAGGGCUCAUACUCCUUCCACGAAGCUGACGGCUCCAUCAGAACCGUUGAGUACACCGCUGAUGCACACAACGGCUUCAACGCUGUCGUCCACAACACCGCCCCCACCGCCGCCCCCACACACAUCAAGGCUGUACCUGCCCUCCAAUACUACCAUCAUUAA